AUGGCGAGUGCGGUUUCUUUGCCGAUAGCCCGCACGGCUAUUGUCGAGGGCGAUGACCACCGCCUUCGCAUCGAGCAUAAUGAUCCGCUCCUCCGUCUCCGACCGGACGAGGUCCUGGUCCAUGUCAUGGCCGUCGCAAUCAACCCAUGCGACUACAAGAUGCACGAGCGCUUCCCCUGCCCUGGGGCGGUGGACGGUUGCGAUUUUGCAGGAGUGAUCGUCGCUCUCGGAUCGGACGUGACAAAGUGGAGCAUCGGAGACCGAGUCUGCGGGGCCGUCCACGGCUCAAAUCCUCUCCGGCCCGAGUCCGGCGCCUUUGCCGAUUACAUACCGUGCGAAUCCGAGUUCACACUCAAGAUCCCGGCCGAUAUGUCGUUCGAAGAAGCUGCCGCGCCGGGGGGGACGGGCCUGGCGACACUGGGCAUGGCGCUGUUCAAGGAACUGGCUUUGCCAGGGACCCUGGACGAGCCGGCGACGAAGCCGCGGACAGUGCUUGUGCACGGGGGAAGCUCUUCGGUGGGAACCAUGGCGAUGCAGUUGGUGCGACUGUUCGGCGCGGCGGAGGUUUUUGAUUACAAUUCUCCAGACUGCGCCCAAAACAUCAAAGCCUAUACCAAAAACACGCUUGCGUACGUGCUUGAUCCUUUUACGGAUGCUAAGAGCAUCGCCCUCUGUUUUGCGGCUAUGGGCCGUGCCGGUGGCCGCUAUGCCUGCUUGGAGAUGUACCCAGACUACGUCCUCGAGCGCAAAUCCAUCAAGGUGGGCUUCAUCAUGGGUCCUUCACUGCUGGGCCACCGACUUGCGCUGAGCUACGGCUACGAGCGGGACGAGGAUCCCGAAAUGCGAGCGUUUGGGGUGCAGUGGUACCGUAGCGUGCAGAAGAUGCUGGACCAGGGGAAGUUGAGACCACAUCCACUAAGGAUUCUGGGCAACAGCUUUGAAGCAGUGCUGGAAGGAGUUGAUAUGCUAAAACGAAAGGCUGUUUCUGGCGAGAAGUUGGUUGUGGCCCUUGGUUAA